UUGAGCUGCCGAGGACCUGGGCACCGGGGCCGGCGGCGAGACAAAGCCAGGGCUUCUCUAACCGGUCUGGGGGCCGUAGCCACAGCGGAACGGGGCUCCCCACUGCGGCGGGGUAUUCGGCGUUGCAGGAAUAAACAUGCACCCGGAGCCCUCGGAGCCCGCGGCGGAGUCAGCCGCGGAGCCGAACUGCCAGCAGGAGCCAGGCGUGGAGGAGUCCGCGGGUGACCACGGGAACGCUGGCCAAGGGGGCCGCAAGGAAGAAAUUAAUGAUCCUAAGGAAACAUGUGUGGGUCUUUCUGAUACCUACCAAACCCAGAAGAAACAGAGUGGAGAUAGUGGGCCAGACAGUCACAUAGCACCCCCAAGAGAAGACAGAGGAGAUCAGGGACCCAGAAUGACUAAAAGUUUCCUGCAAAAACUCUGCAAGCAGCACAAGCUGUAUAUUACCCCAGCGUUGAAUGAUACACUGUAUCUCCACUACAAAGGUUUCGAUCGCAUUGAGAACUUGGAAGAGUAUACAGGACUGCGCUGUCUGUGGUUGGAGUGCAACGGGAUACAGAGAAUCGAGAACCUGGAGGCCCAAACCGAACUGCGGUGCCUCUUUUUGCAAGUGAACUUGCUUCGUAAAAUUGAGAACCUAGAACCUCUGCAGAAACUGGAUGCUCUUAACCUCAGCAACAAUUACAUCAGGACUAUUGAAAACCUCUCCUGCCUCCCGGUGCUGAACACCCUGCAGAUUGCCCACAAUCACCUAGAGACCAUGGAGGACAUCCAGCAUCUGAAGGAGUGCCAGAGGCUCUGCGUCCUUGACCUUUCCCACAAUAAGCUGAGCGAUCCGGAGAUCCUGACUGUUCUGGAGAGCAUGCCGGAUCUGCGUGUGCUGAAUUUGAUGGGAAACCCAGUCAUCAGGAACAUUCCGAAUUACCGGAAAAUAGUCACUGUCCGGCUAAAACAUUUAACAUACCUGGAUGAUAGACCGGUUUUCCCAAAGGACAGAGCUUGUGCAGAGGCCUGGGCCAGGGGAGGGCACGCAGCUGAGAAGGAAGAGAGACGGCAGUGGGAGAGCCGAGAGCAGAAGAAGAUUGCAGACAGCAUCAAAGCCUUGGCCUUGAUCAAACGGCGGGCAGAAGAGAGAAAAAGAUGGCAGGAGAGUCAGGAGGGAGGGGAGAUGCCACUGCCAAACAACGGGGAAAAUGUGCUUGCCAGUGUGGACGGCCAGAAAGAGCCUCCUGGGGAUGGAGAAACGAGGCUGAAAAUGGAGCUGUUUGUUAAGGAAAGCUUUGAGACUAAGGAUGAGCUAUUCCCUGAAAUGCCCUGCCAAGAAGAGGGGCUGCCCCCAGAGGUUAACAGGGAGACUGAAAAUCAAGAGCCAGAGGGGACUCUUGCUGCCAAGGCCCCGCCACCACCGCCACUGGCACCCUUGGGAGCUGCCAAGGAAGAAUCAACUCUCCAGAUGGUGGCCACUGAGGGUGCACCGGUUACUGAAGUCGGUGGAGCUAGGACUGAAGAUUCAGAAGCCAUUAAAUCGGAGACAAAGGAGACACUCUUCAUCGACGACCUACCUGACCUGGAAGAUGUUGACGCCAGUGAAUCUUUGGAAAAUCAAGAUAAGAAAAUGUGCUUUCCGAAGAUUGAGGCCAUCUCGAGCUUGAGUGAUGACAGUGACCCUGAAUUGGACUACACGUCACUCCCCAUGCUGGAAAACACAUUCACCGACACCCUUUCAAAUAUAUUCGCUAUUUCUAGAGACACCUCAAAGGAGGCUCAGGUGCCCUUCACAGAUAUAUUUAAAAUAGAGGCAAAGAGGGAUGUGGAAAUUCAAAAACAAGACACCAAGUCUCCACAACCGCUGAUUCAGGAGCUCAGUGAUGAGAACCCCUCGGGCCAACCACUGACAUCCUCCACCUGCUCCAGCGACGCUGCCUCACUCUCUUCCAGCGAGGACACUGGCCUCCUUGUAGCCUCUGCACCAGGAAACAGCACUGGAUAGAUGAAGUGCAGUCGGAGUUGCAGGCUGCAGAGCCCAGGGUGGGGCCAAGCUGAGGAUAUCGAGUUUGGCUUGGACUGAACCUCGAAGCAGCCCCUCUGACCCACCCCUUUGGCUGGGUCUCUUUCCUUCCCAAGUGCUGUGGUUACCGAAGAACACACUGGGGCCUUCACUGGGACACCUGCCUGAGCCGCCCUCCUGAGCCUGCACACGUGGGACCACCCUGCACUCCUCAUCCUCCACACAGCCAUUUCCCCUGGUUGUCUGCAGUAUACAGAAUAUAAUCACAAAUAUUUCUCUGGAGCACGAUAAA